GACAGUAGCUAGAAAUGGGUGAGUCGCCGCUGAGGGCCGUGGUAUCAGAGUUUUUGAACAUUAAUGUACGGACUUGAGUGACGCAGUUAAAGACCACCAGCGCACUUCUGCUGCAGAACCACAGUGUUUGCAAGAGUGCGUCUUUUGACCGACUGGUAUUGUUAGUUUUAAAGCUAAUAGGCUAAUGUUAGCGAGCGGAGCCAGGCCCAACGAAGAGUUCACCACGGUGUUUUUGUCAGCGACGCCAGUUAAACUGUUAAUGAGGCAGAUGUAACUGGUGACACUAAUAGCAACACAAACAACAACACCCGUGUAAACAGCCCAGGUCGGUAGAAAUCUGGUCUGCUGUGAGUAGCACAUCAAACGUUAGCAUAGCCUGUAAACGCCGUGCUAACUACAUUAAAAUCAUGACUUCCAGGAGGACAGGCUAUGCUGGUAGCAUGGAUUCAUCUCCGUCAAAUAGCGGCAACAGCUCGGUCCACAGUGGAAAUCGUAAACAGAGUAUAAUCAACAUUACCGACCGAACCGGGGCAGAAUCCUGUUAUGACCGCAAAGCAGACAAGGCUGGAUACGGAGCUUCGCAGGGCAACAUGACUGUAACAUCGCUGAAAUCGCGUCUGGCCCCUACCAUUCAAACUGCCAUGUCCGCUGCAGUGGACACUCUCCUGGGCGAAGUGGUGCUUGUGCUCAAUGAGACUCAACAAGAGCUGCUACAUAAGGAGCAGGAGAAUGAAAGACUCAAAGUGCGGCUUGAAGUGUCAGAGAGGGAGUUGAAGACCCUACAGGAGUGCCUGUGUAGUGCUCAAAAGCUCAUAGAUCAGCUUCAGAUCUCAUAUUCGGGCCCUCAGACAAUUAGUCAGUCAGUUUUUGCCCCAUCACUGUCUUCCAUGGCUUCACUCACUCCAGGUUUGGACCGGGACCACCAGAACCCCCGAAAUGUGAAUGGAGCCGGUGUUGACUUGGGUCUUGGUGGAUCUGUGGAUGAAUCGCUUCAUGGGUUUGAGCCAAGAGAUGACUACAAAAUGUGCCAGCUUUCAAUCCAACCAGAUGGCUCUGUGACUAACCACGCUCUGGACUCCUUUGCAUCCAACACAUCUCAUAUGUGCUCUGAUUCCAGCAGGCCAGAUGAGAGGCAGUCUCAAGGACCAGGUGGAGCAUCCAGGUUUGAGAUUAAAGAGGAGCAGGGACCAGCUUCAGUCUCUGGUCAGCCCAGCAGGAAGGAGUCUGGGCUGCGUAAUGACAGCAGAGUCGGGGAUGGGGAACGAUCGUCCCACAACGUGGGUGACCUUGGGUAUGUUCAAGUUGGGGAGGGAGGUUCUCAGCGUUCCUUUACUCACCCCCUGCGUCACCAAAGGCCUGUGCGAGAAUGCAGCGGUGCCUUGCAGCAGGGCGGACUUGAUGGACAGAAAGUGUUGGCUAGGACUUCUGGAACUGGGAGAGGAGACAGUGUUUCACCGGGCAGAGCAGAGGACUCGGCAGGACCUUCAGCCCCUGACACAGCAGGAGAGCCCUCUGGAGAUCGGCCUCACCACUGCCUGGAGUGUGGAAAGACCUUCCGCUUGAUCUCCAGCCUGAAGAAGCACAUCCGCAUCCACACAGGAGAGAAGCCCUACCCGUGUGGAGUCUGUGGCCGCCGCUUCCGUGAGUCAGGAGCUCUUAAAACCCACCUGCGCAUACACACAGGUGAGAAACCAUAUUCUUGCUCUGAGUGUGGAAACUGUUUCCGCCACUUGGACGGUUUACGCAAACACAGGCGCACACACACUGGAGAGAAACCCUACGUGUGUGCCAUCUGUGGGAAGCGUUUGAGCCGCCUGCAGCACCUCAAACACCACCAGCUCAUCCACACUGGAGAGAGGCCAUGCUGCUGCCCCUUCUGCAACCGCAGCUUCAAAGAGCCUGCAGCACUGCGGAAACACAUCCGCACACACCGGGAGGAAGGCGGUCACAUGGGAAUUGGUGCCAGUGAUGACACAGACCCAGAUGCUAUGGAUGACAUAAACAACCUCCAUCCAGCAGCUCCAUCCCCUCAGAUGAGGUUUGGGGAGUGGGGGGCAGAGGAAGAUGACAGCUCAGUUGUGGACUGUGUGUAGGGGAUGAUUAAAGGAGUAACUGUUGGAUGGUUAUCUUACCAUAAAACAUGGAAUAAGGUGUUUCUGUAGUGUAACAUGAUGAAUAAGGAGUGAAGAAUCAGACUACAUAUAACUCUAGCCUUUGAGUUUUUUCUAUAUCUGACAUUUUCGUGUUUUCAUGUCAGCAGCAUGUUUUUUUCCCCCACAGACAUUCAUCAAGCAGCAACAGCAGUGUACAGGUUGUUCUUGGCACAGGGAGUUGCUGGCUUGCAACUUUUCUGCAAUAAUUUGGGAAAUUGAUAGCAGAAGUGGACAAGAUCUGUUUUCCCACUUAAAAAAUGUAAGUGCCUUGAACACUCACUCAGCCAUCACCUGAGUCACUGCUGUUGCUGCUGCUGUUUAAGAUUGUACCCACCUUAAUAUUAGUCAGGACAAACUGUUAGGAUUCUAGUCAUGAGGCUUUUUUUGUAACACACUGAGCUGCUCAAAUACCGUAAACAGAAAUAGACGCAUAGUACUGGUUCAUGCUUCAUGUUUAGGACAAACCAUGUACAUUGUGUAGCUGGAUGUUUUUGACUAAACCAAAUAUCACUUUAUAAUGGUUAAAUUCUUUGAGCUUGAUAAAGUGUUCAUGAUUGGGUCUAUACAGUUGGUGCUUUUACACAUUAUAUAUUAACCUAAUAGAAUCUAAAACAGAAACUGACCAACACCAUUAUGUGGGCAUUCCCAUUUCACUCAGUUUGUCAGAAAAUUGAAACAGGCACCUAUGAUAAGGACAUAUUUAGAUAUGUCUCCCAGCUCUACCUCAGUACUCAUCCUCCUUUUUUUAGUUUAGUUGUAGUCAUCUGAUGUCUUUGACUGAUAAUUAAGACAAUUUAAUGAAAAAGUCUGUUAAAUUGUUUCUCCCAGUGAUUGUGACCCACUGUACGUGGUUGCAGUCACAUUUUAAGGACCCAAUGCUUAUGUAAGACCAAAGCACAUGUGUGAUUAUUGUAAUACCAGAGAUGUUGCAAUUGUUUUCAAGUAAUAAUUAAUGACUAUAGAAAUACCAUUUAAAAAAAAUCACAAAAAUAUAAUUCUUAGUUGACAUAGCGGGUUAGAUUUUACUGCAUUUAUACUGUCAUGGCUGUGUAGCUUGAUGAGGCAUGAACCAGUUUUACUCUUCCUCUUUAGCCCCACUCUGCUCUGUCUUAUCUCUUCUUUUCACUCUGCAGAGCCCUCAUCAGUUACACAAUCAUAAUGUUUUGUCAUGCUGAAAUUAUCUGUGUCAAGUAUAUCUAGGUUUGAAGACAUCAGUAUGAGCAUUUUAUUUCUUCACCACGACAUACAGGGAAGAGAGAGAGGACAUGAGCAUGCAUCCAGAAAACGGCUUAAACGCUGCGUUACUGUUGUCCCAUUAUCAUCUUUCUCUUGUGGACCAUAUCCUAGCAUUCCGUUUUUGUUUUUUCAUUCAAGCUGCUGCUGUAUGUCUAGAAAACCUUUCCUUUUCUGGACAAUUAUUCUUACCAGCCAGUUACUAGCAGUUACUCGCAGACAGACUUUGGUGCUUGCAUGUGCAUAUUUGUUCUUCCGCUUGUAACGAUGCCCCCUGGGCGUUUCUGUAAAUAAGAAUGUAGUUUUAGCCAUUUUAUCCGGUUUAAUAAGGGUCAACAUUUGUGGAAAAGUUAAUGUGCAACAAGGAUUUUUUUCUUUUUAAACGUAACGUGCUUUGUAACCAUCAAUAUGCUAACAUACAAUGUAAAUACAUAAAAUCUUAUUACAUUUCUUCCUGAAGUUCUUCCUGCUGUCCUGAUUAGACACGACUGAUGCAUCAGGUUUAACAGCAGAGCAUUAUUCUUCUCAGCCAUUUGAGCUAUACUGUCGGCUUCUGGUGUCAUUUACCCUGUAUACUACUAUAAUGAUCUCUAUGUACAUUUACAAGUGUAAGUCAUUUUACAAGGCACUCAAAAUGUUAAAUAUAUGUCUGUAUACCCAGAAUACAAUUUGCCAAGGUAGUCUACCCCAGAUAAUCAUAUUUAUUGUUUUUUGUAUUACAUACAGGGGGGCCUUUGCAUGUAGGUUUAAACUGAAAUGGCAUUAUUCCUUAACAGGUCAGUGUUAAAUGUGAAAUUAAUUACUUUUUUAUGCUUCUGUGUUCAAAAUCUAUGCCCACACAUCACAUUCAUCCUGUUACCUACUGUAAAUGUUACUAUAUUAA